GUGUUCGUUGUGUUAAUAGAACAAAUUUCGUUCGGGAUCCUCGGAAUAUUCCUUUCGCAAGAAAAACUCAAGUCUCUUUUAUGCAAUUUGCAGUGCAUAUCUCGCUGAGACUCGGUUUAUAUUAAUUGUUUAAUAGCUUGAAUCGUUGAACGAUCGCAAUGGAAAAGCAGGAGGUCCUGGGACACGUGGCCAAGGUGGUCAGGGCCCUGAUCACGUCAACUAAGCCGCCGGUCGAGCUGCGGUCCAUCGUCAGAGAUUACAUGGAUGUCGAGGGUGAGCCGAUACCCUUUCACAGGCUGGGCUACUCGAAUGUGCAAGAGCUGCUUAGGGCUACGAAUCAGUUUAAGUUUCUCCAUUACGGCAAUCAGGUGUUUAUAAAAGCGACGUAUAACGCUAGCACAGAACACAUUGUGCGUAUGGUACGCGAGCAAAGGACCAGAACUUCCAAAUCCUUAUCGACGCCCCCGCCAAUUGCCCAGAAUCCCAUUUACGGCCAGAGGUACCACAAGCAAGAACAGAAUACGCAGUGGAAUCAUCAAAAGCAGGACCACCGAUAUUGUCCAACACAGCCAGCGCAUUGGCAACCGGAUUAUUGGCAGCAGCAGCAGCAGAACCGACAGAAGCGCGUAGUAAAAGAAACCCGCGAUCGGGCUGUGAAGGUUACCAUGCGAGCUGCAAAGUUGGAUCAGGAAACGAUCAGCGUAACAAUUGAGAACAAAAAGGCACCGGCCAUGAAUGGACAUGGACCAAGCCACGUUACGGUUAACGGGCAAGACAAAGGCAAUGACGGCAAACCUCCGCUGCGUGCCAUACUGGGCAACAGUGCUUCGCAGCGCCAGCAAGAUACAAGCACCGUCUAUCACAGCCCUGAAUCCUCAUUCAGGCGGCCACGUCAUCCGCGAGUAAUGUUCCCUGGUCCUCAGCGCACCACGGGCGUCUCUGUGAAUCACAGACUGAAAGUAACGCCGCAAUCGGAUGCACCAACGCCAGCGGGAGCGCCCAUCACUCCGCCAGCUUCGCCGGAAUAUGCUCAAACGACAUCCGCUGCCAAAACGACGUACAAGGAAGAUAUCCACGGCGGUCAGGGUCAAACAGGCAAUGUCGUUACAAAUCCAAAAGUUAAGGUGCCACUUAAAUACGAUCCCUCAUUUGAUCCCGUCUCCACGCUCAAUAUCUAUUGCGAGGCAAAUGACUUUGAGAAACCUGCGUACAACGUAUUCAACAAGCUACGGCACCUACAUUGUUCAGUGCAAAUCGCUGGCGAUGUCUACAGUAGCUAUCCGCAGGAGUUCACUGAUAAGGAGACAGCAUACCAAUGCACGGCAAAGAUCGCUAUCCAGCGCAUCCUGCAUGCCCAGUCACACCAAAAGCGCUCUGCUUGCACAUUUAGCGAUGAGGAGUUUAUCGAUGGAUUGUACGAGGAGCUGUUGAAGCACCCACAUGGCAUAUUGGGUCACAAGCUGGAGGAUUGGUACGGCAGCACCUUCCGGCAACAUUUGCCCAGUCAUUGGUACGAUUUGAUCCUGAAUUCAAAUAAAAUUCGUGUUGAGCACGGCAUUGACCCAAGGAUCAUAUUGUUUGCCAACGAUCCUGGUUCAUUGAAACCGGACCGCGCCAGCAUAACCACCCUGCCACAGAUGGUGCUGCCGUGGCAGGCAAGCGAAGGAGGAUCACACGACUGGAACAUGUUCAUCAGCUUCUGCGACUCCACCAAGUUAGUGUGGGCUCGGAUGAUCCAUCAGAUCGCAAACUUUGAGGAACUGACGAAGCAAAUUGGACGACAAAUGGAGUCUCCGCAUUUCCGGCAAAAGGUCUCUAAAUUUUACGCUCAGGAAGUCUAUCUGGUGGAGAUGCCCGAUGGCUGGAACCGUGUUCGUGCGAUUUCCGUGGAUGAGGAGACCCGCUCGUGCCGUUGUCACUUUAUCGACUUUGGCGAUGUGGGCAUGUUUCAUUUAGAAGAUCUGUUCCAGUGUCCACCGCAAUUCUUGGUGCUCCCGGCCCAGGCCGUUUGCCUUAGCAUGUACGCGUUGGAUAAGUUCGAAGAUCAUCCGCACGCUCUCAAGGUGUUAACGAAGGAGCUGGACGGCCAGACGGUUGUGGCCCAUGUGCUCACCACGGAGAAGCAGUUCCUGGAACUGGGUGGAUCUGCCCAGGGUGUGGUGGAGAACGGUAAGCGUCGGGCGUGCUUGGUGGCCACGCUGUACGACACCUCUACGGCUGAGGACAUACAUUUGAACGAUCUGGUUGCGAGCAGAAUAACCAAGUGCACGCCGGCACCAUCCCUAAGUGACGGCAAGACCACGGCCAUUCUUGUGUCUCACAUCAACGAUGAUGGUGAUCUAAUGGUGCUGCUACGCAAUGAUGACCUUAAGUUUGUGGAACGCAGUAUUGCGCAAACUGUGGCUGAUUUGGGCGAGCAGGACCGAGUGAGCUAUUCCGAUCUGCUGCACGACCGCCAUAUAUUUGUGUGCGACGAGACUGUCGAUGGCGUGAAGCAGUGGUUCCGCGGGCGACUGGUCACCAGACCACUCAAUCCGGAGGAAGAGACUUUCGAUGUCUACUACGUGGACGAUGGACGGCAGCGUAAGACGCACAUCUCUAAUAUCUACCGCCUGGAGGCCAACAACAGAGCUCUGGCUACGUUCCCACCACAGGCGAUACCCGUUCGUCUGCACGACGUUCCAGAGAUCGGAGGUCAUAUGCUUCAUCGCCUGCGGGGUCUGAUACCUUGGCGCACAGAAGCUCUGCUGAAGUUUGUGGCCAAGGAUAGUGGCAAGCCUCUGGUAAACGUAUUCAUCCGCGAGGACCCGGAGUCCAUGUAUAUGUGCGUGAACAUUGGCCUUCGCUUGGAGUUCGAGAUGGCUAGCUCCAUUCAUCCGGAUUAUACGCUCCUGAGCUCCAAUGUCCAGCUGCCCAGACGAGGUAGCUUCAGCUCCGUGUUCUCCAAUCAGAGCAGCAACAGCGACCUUGUCGCUACCACUCCCCCGGUGACGCCAGAGGAGAAAUCAUCUGCAAGAUCGGGCGCCAGCACCUUCUCGUCGCUCAUGCUCAAGGAUUACGAGGCUAUUCCGGCAGUGGGUACCUAUUUCGAGGUGCGCGUUGCCCUGUCCGUCAAUCCCGGUCACUUUGCGGUGCAACCGUAUAAAUGCUAUAACCAGCUGCAGACUUUGAUGAAGAAUUUGCAAGAGCAUUGCCAAAAACCGACAGCCAAGGCAGUCCAGCCUUCACAACUGGCCAUUGGAGAGGCCUACGCUGCUCCCGACUCCGCAGGCCUUUAUCAUCGCGUAAGUAUUCACAAGAUUUACGAUGAGAUUAUACACGUGCGUUUCGUCGACGUGGGCGACGAUGGAGUAAUUGCCUGUGAUCAACUGAAAACUCUAAAUCCGGAGUUAAGAAAGCUGCCCAAAAUGGCACUGCCAGCACAACUUUAUGGCAUACAACUGACUGAUGUAGUAUGGAGCAAGGAGAACUGCGUCCGAUUCCGCGAACUGUCGUUGGGCCAGAAGUUUAUUGGCAUUGUGCGGCGCAUGACUAAGCAAAGGGAUGGCGGACGAGCGAUGUGCCUGGAGCUGGUGGACACCUCCACGCCGAAAGAUAUUAAGCUGCACGAGAUUCUCAUCAAUGAGAAGCACGCACAGCCAGCAACAAAGGAAGUCUGAGUCGGAGGAGACGAUCCAUUUAAAUUUGUUCAUGUUUAUGUUUGCGUAAUCCUAGUUUUAGAAUUAGGGAUAUACAUAUAACUUAUUAUGACGAAACAUUCCGCCAGAUGGAACCGAUAAUAGCUAAUAAACUGAUGUGUUUUUUAUCGAGA